UGGGUUAAUAUGGAAAAAAAACGUGGAACUAAUAUUACAGAAAAGCAAAAAGCAACAUUAAUAGAAUUUGUAAAGAAGAGGCCGCUUUUAAUUAGUGGAAAGCAAACUAGCCAUUACACUGCAAAAGAUGCAGCAAAGGACUGGCAGGAUAUUUCAGCUAUUUUAAAUAGUAUGCCGGGAGCCGAGAAAGAUUGGAAAAGUUGGCGAAAAGCUUGGCAAGACCUCCGAAGUCGCACGAAAAGUAAGCAAGCCAAGAACCAAAUGUAUGCAAAUGGAACAGGGGGUGGCAAGAAAAUUGACGAUUCCUUAACCAGUGUAGAGGAGGAAGUUCUCGCUAUAAUAAAGAAGGUUUCAGUCGAGGGGCAUGAUGUCGCAGAGUCAACAGUUACAAAUUUUAUCGUUAACGAACAAGAACGUAUAAAAAAUGUCACCAGUAAUGAGCAAGCACAAAACCAUGUAUUUGAAGAAAUGAAGACCCAUACUACAAAUGCUUAUACAACAUCUACAGAUAUAGAGAGUGAAACAGAUAGGGAACUGUUGUCGCCCUUAGCAAAUAUAUCUGAAUUACAACCACAAAAACAACUUCCGGAGAAGAAAGAAAAUGAAAAAGGCAAAUUACCAAAAAAACUUGAUAACCUCAUAAACUCAGCAGUGGCGGCCACCACUUUUGAAUCAAAUUUAAAACAGAAGAUCACUUUAAAGCAAGAGUAUUAUGCUGAAAAACUGGCAAUACUGAGAAGAAUGGCCGAGGCUGAAGAAAGGAAAGCAGAUUCAUUGCAAAGGAUCGCUACAGCUAUUGAAGGAAAGCAAGGAAUGCUUGCAGACCUACCCAGAUAUCUUAAUUUAGAUUAAUUUAGUAAAUUUUCAUUUAGUU